AUCGGUCACACAAAGGCAACAAUCAGCCGUGGUCUAGAAUUGUGGGACAGGAUUGAUGGGCUGAAUAGCCUGGCCCUAUUCCUGCAGUGAUAGAAAAUACUCCUCAAAGUGGCUCUUCAGAUUCCUGACGCCAUGCAGAGGUUUGAACAGAUGAGCAGGGAUGUAUCAAUGAGCUGCUGUGAGCAUUGAGGAGAAGAACAAUAAUCCUACACAGCCUGCCUUCACUUUCAAUCAUGUUGAUCCUGUUUAGUCCUCUUAAUGGACAGCAGGUCAGCAGAAAGGGCUGCUAACAGUUCGAGUGCAUCGCACUAAUGUUUGCUGAUGUCUCUCUGCAGCUCGACAAUAAUCGUACUCUUUCCUAUUAUCAUGGAUUAAUGAGCAGUGAGGACUCAGAUGCUCCGCACUCUGCCAGCACCAAGAUAUAUUCAGCAAAGUUUCCAAACUUAACCAAGCGGUGCCAAAGGUGAAGAUGUCUCAGGUUAAACAAGUUGGGCUUCUGGCUGCUGGCUGUCAGCCUUGGAACAAAGAUGUUUGCGUCGCCAGUGGAGACAGAUUUGCAUAUUGCGCUACACUGGCGAUAUAUGUUUAUCAGCUUGAUCACAGGUACAAUGAAUUCAAACUUUACGCAAUUAUGUCUGAACACAAGAAGACCAUCACAGCUAUCUCAUGGUGUCCUCACAACCCUGAUAUCUUUGCCAGUGCAAGUGCUGACAACCUCAUUAUCAUCUGGAAUGUGGCUGAACAAAAGGUGAUAGCAAGACUGGACAACACAAAAGGAAUUCCUGCUUCACUCAGUUGGUGCUGGAAUUCAGGUGAGGCAGUGGCAUUUGUCUCUCAUCGGGGUCCACUCUACAUCUGGACAAUCUCAGGAGCAGACUGUGGGGUAGCGGUUCACAAAGAAGCGCACAGCUUCCUGUCAGACAUCUGCCUUUUCAGAUGGCAUCCUAGAAAGAAAGGCAAGGUGGUCUUUGGACACACAGAUGGCAGCCUGUCCAUCUUCCAGCCUGGUACCAAGAGUCAGAAACAUGUGCUGAGACCAGAAUCAUUGGAGGGAACGGAUGAAGAAGAUCCAAUCACAGCCCUGGAAUGGGAUCCACUCUCCACUGACUACCUACUGGUGGCCAACCUACACAAUGGAAUUCGAUUGGUCGAUUCCGAGUCACUCUCUUGUAUUACGACCUUCAGUUUCCCGAGCGCUGCAGCAUCAGUGCAGUGCCUGGCCUGGGUCCCCAGUGCUCCAGGGAUGUUCAUAACUGGAGAUUCUCAAGUUGGUGUUUUGCGAGUUUGGAAUGUCUCAAGAACAACGCCAAUUGAUAACUUCAAGUUGAAGAAGACAGGAUUUCAUGCUUUACAUGUGCUGAGUUCUUCACCAAAGAAAAAAUGCUAUUCGACCCAUUCCCCGUCUAAGAAUCACCAUACGUCAUCAACCAGUGAAGCCAUUCCCCCUCCAACCCUCUCUCAAAAUCAAGCGUUUUCUCUUCCACCUGGACAUGCUGUGUGUUGUUUCAUGGAUGGUGGAGUUGGGCUAUAUGACAUGGGAGAGAAGAAGUGGAACUUUCUGCGAGAUUUGGGUCAUGUGGAAACAAUCUUUGACUGUAAAUUUAAACCAGAUGAUCCCAACCUCCUAGCCACGGCAUCAUUUGAUGGGACAAUAAAGGUGUGGGAUAUAAACACAUUGACAGCAGUCUACACUUCCCCGGGUAAUGAGGGAGUAAUCUACUCCUUGUCCUGGGCUCCAGGUGACCUCAACUGCAUUGCAGGUGCAACCUCACGCAAUGGAGCUUUUAUAUGGGAUGUAAAAAAAGGAAAAACGGUUACCCGGUUUAAUGAGCACGGUAAAAAUGGAAUCUUCUGCAUUGCUUGGAGCCACAAGGAUUCUAAAAGGAUAGCAACAUGUAGUGGUGAUGGAUUUUGUAUUAUUCGAACAAUCGAUGGGAAACUCCUGCACAAGUACAAGCAUCCAGCUGCUGUCUUUGGCUGUGAUUGGAGCCAGAACAAUAAAGAUAUGAUUGCCACUGGCUGCGAGGACAAGAGUGUUCGAGUUUACUAUUUAGCAACCAGCUCUGACCAGCCGCUCAAAGUUUUCACUGGGCACACUGCCAAAGUGUUUCAUGUUAGAUGGUCUCCCCUGAGAGAAGGCAUCCUUUGUAGCGGUUCUGAUGACAGUACUGUGAGGAUAUGGGACUACACACAGGAUGCCUGUAUCAAUAUUCUAAGUGGACACAAAGCACCAGUGCGAGGUCUAAUGUGGAACACAGAAGUCCCCUACCUCUUGAUAUCGGGCAGUUGGGAUUACACUAUCCGUGUCUGGGACACCAGAGAUGGAACCUGCCUGGACACAGUGUAUGAUCAUGGUGCUGAUGUCUAUGGUUUGACCUGUCACCCCAACAGGCCUUUCACCAUGGCAUCAUGUUCGAGAGACUCCACUGUGAGGCUUUGGUCACUAACACCUCUGAUUUCUCCUCUCCAAAUAAACAUUCUGGCUGAACAACAGUGGGAGGAAAUAAUUGGGAAUACAGAUCGUGCAAUGUCCCCAGGUGCUCCCCCUUUGCUUUGUGGGAAAGUGUCCCGGGAUAUCAAGCAAGAGCUGGAUAAACUCACGAGUAAUGUGCGGAUUAAGAAGCUGAGAUGGUUCUCGGAAUGUUUGUCACCCCCAGGAGGCAGUAAAAACCUCUGGGACUUGGUGGCUGUUUUAAAAGACCAAGAUGACAGUCUACUCCCACAGAACUACUGCAAAGGAAUAAUGCACAUUAAACAUCUGGUCAGGUUCAAAACUUCCAAAGCUCAAGAGUUAACGACCGUGAAGAUGUCCAAAUUUGGAGGUGGAAUCGGUGCACCAACCAAGGAGGAGAGACUGAAGGAGGCUGCUGGGAUUCAUCUGCGACUGGGUCAGAUCCAGAGAUACUGCGAGCUAAUGGUGGAACUUGGAGAGUGGGACAAAGCACUAUCAGUGGCACCUGGGGUAUCAAUGAAAUACUGGAAGAAGCUGAUGCAACGGAGAGCUGAUCAGCUGAUUCAGGAAGGGAAUGAUGAAGUGAUUCCAUACUGUAUUGCCACUGGGGAUGUGAAGAAACUGGUGUCCUUCUUCACCUCUCGAGGCCAGCUGAAUGAAGCACUCUUAGUUACUCAGGCAGCCCGUGAAGGAAACAUUCAAGGACCACAGAUCUCAGCACCAAAUGGAGCAGCGUGUGGUGAUGGGAAUAACAAAUCAGAAGAUUACAAUGAUUUGUUGCACAGGGUGAGUAAGGAGCUGGCAGAAUGGUACUUCCAAGAUGGACGAGCAGUGUUGGCUGCGUGUUGCCACCUUGCGGUGAAUGACAUUGAGCUUGCAAUGUCGAACUUGGUCCGUGGCAAUGAGUUGGAGCUGGCAGUUUGCGUGGGAACAGUGCUGGGGGAUAGUGCCAUGCCUGUGACAAACUAUGUCCUGGAAUUAUUGGCCCGGAGGUGCAUGUCAACAACAACUUGCUUUCCGUGUACUGGAUACAGGGAUCUAGCGGCUGACUUGUUGACCAUGAUACCUGACAGUGAGCUGUUGUUGGUCAAACUGUGUGCCUUCUACCCAGGAAGCACUGCAGAGGUUGAUGAUCUUCAUGAGAAGUGUCAUUUACCAACCUGUGAAGAAUGUUUGCAAAUCGCGGCAACAUUUCAAAGUGAAGGGGAAACGUUCCAAGCAGUAAAAUAUUAUUUAUUGAGUUCGGUCCCAGAAAAAGCACUUCCAAUUGGCCUUCUUUAUGUUAAAGAGCAGCUGAGUAGCUCUGAUUGGACUUUGGACUCCAUCCAUGAGAUCCUGGACCUGCUCAGCUACAUCCGCACUGACCGGCUGAUGCAACACAAGUGUAGCGAAUUUCGGAAUGAACUACUUAUAUUCUGUGGUUACAUUGCUACCUUACUGGCCAUGAGAAGACAUUACAACAGCAUUGUGCCUGCACUUUAUGAAUACACCAGCCAGCUCUUGAAGCGUAGAGAAGUGACAGUCCCGAUACGGAUUGAGCAGCUGUCGGCCGAGCUGGAUGGGUGGAGAGCCUGCACUCAGUCAGCCAGCAAGUCACUUGAGGACUUGCCUUAUACACCUCCUUCUGAAUCUCAAAGAGAAGUGUACAGCAUUUUGCUAAAAAGGAUUAAGGAGGAACCCAUCAAAGGACUGAUUGGUCCUGAUUAUGUCACAGGUUCUAAUCUUCCCAGUCACUCAGAUGUCCAUACCUCCUGCCUCACAGGCUUACGGAUACAGGGACCAGUGUAUUUCCUUGAGGAUGGAAGAUCAGCGAUCUCUCUGAACGAUGCAUUAAUGUGGGCCAAGGUCAACCCAUUCUCCCCCUUAGGGACAGGAAUGCGCCUGAAUCCAUUCUGAUCGGAGUAUGAAUGUGAAGAGAUUACCUUUUUUAGUACUUUCACAUGGGUGACAGUUGCUAAGGUUGGUGCUGUACUGACUUCAGAGCCUGAAUGACUGGAGUGUGGCAUCACAUAGUAAUACUGUACAUUUUACAAUGCGUUAGCUGCAUUAGCAUAAUGACAAGGAACUGCCCUUCCCUUGACUGUCUUUGGGAAAUGCAGUUGAUUCACGUAUAGAGCAGUUGACAGGAUAAAUUCUCCCUUGAGACGGGAAAGGACUUUUCUUUUACACACUGGAAUGGAGAGGAUUUCUGGUUACUGUAGGAGCUAGCAAAAUAACACGCCUCCUGUUUCAGCAAACAAAAUCCAGAUUGAGCUCUUUGUACCUUCUCUCAUCUCUUGCAAUUUCAACACCUCACAGCAUUCCUUCACCUGCAAAAGGGAAUGAUCCAAUUCUGGAAACAGUUGCAGAUAUUUUAUCCUCCAGUAGUUGGUGGAAAUAAAAAGAUGCAUGGUGAUCACUGACAUAGUUCACAAAAUAACUAACGCUCACUUGCAAAUAUGAUGUCUGAUUGUUUCGUCAGCUUUUAACAGCCAAUAUAGGAAUGCUACUCAACAGCUCUUGAUCAGCCAGCCAGUGAUAAAGGUUUAAAAUUGCAGAAUCAUUUAGAUCUUAUAAGGCAAAUUUUGAAAGAUUUUGCUAUGUGCUACUUAACAUCACACACAGACACACACACACCAAAAUGGGAAGAAAAGCUUUAUUAUUACAGACUUUUUAUAAACUAAGUAUUAUAAAUGUUGUUAAAUCAGCAUGAUCCCAAAUUAUGCUGAAUUAAUUAAACUGCAGAAAGUGCAACACAUCUUUAUUGAAAACACCAGAACAGUCCAUUGCCAAAUACCUCUUCAAUCUUUAAGUUUACAUCAGCAGAUUUAUUUUUUUAAAAUAACUGCAAAGUGCAGUUCACACUAGGGAAAUAACUGUCUUUCUACAUCUCAAUAGAGUAACUUUGCAAUUAUAUCACAGUGAUUCGUUUUACAAAGACCUGAACUGACUGUGUCUCCUGGUAUGAUAUUGUUUGUCUUUUAAAAGUUAGUGAAGUAAUGUAUGGGAGCCGUGCCUUAGUAUAGGUGAAAUAUAUCCAUUUCCUUCUUUAAAAUGGCUUUUUUUUUGUUUUACAGUUGCAUUUAACCUUCCCUGCCAUUCUGAGUAACAUUUACUGACACAAGCCCUCAAAAUUGAAUGCCACCCUAAUUAAUUAAUUAGUUAAUCCAGUCAUUAAUUAAUUGGUGGAAGUGCAAAUCCAAGAGUAAUUUCAUGGUUGGAGUCACACUCAAUUACUUUCAUCUAUUAAGAACAAUGAGUGAAUGAAAGUUAACUUGAAAUAUCUUCUAUCUUGGGCACCAUAGCACUGGGAACAAUGGAUCAUUCAAUCAUCGCUCCAGAUUACUGGCCUUCUGGGUUCAAAUCAGUGGGGAUAUAGGGACAAAUAUGUGCACACAUAUAUGGUGUUCAUCUGUAAUUACCCCCUCAAUCCUCCCCAAAUUGUUAUUUAUUUUGUAUCUUCAUGCACAUUUCCUUCUUCCCUCUUGCGAAAUAAUGGGAAGCCUUGAAUGAAUUAGUAGGCUAGCUAUCAAUUUGUUGAACGGCCUCAGAGCACUCCCUCUGUGGACGACAAGUCCCGGACUGGAACCUGAACCCAGAGUUUCUAGCUUUAGAGUCAGUGCCUCUACUUCCUGAACCACAAGACUUCCUGUCUGACCACAAAGGGGUAGGUGAGCAAAGGAGCCUGAGGGGCAUCAUUUGCAAUUCAUUUCCCAACAUAAACUAACAAGGCCAUAAAGAAAACGAAACAAACCCACUAGGGCCCGUUUAGAAGACCAGAUUCAAAAAGCAAAGAAUUUACUUUAAAAUUUUAUCAACUCUCGGUUAGAUCACACAUCAAACAUUAUGUACAAUACUGGUUUCUAUAUCAUAAAAACAAUAUGUUUUUUUUAAUAUAUUCAAGUUUAAGAAAUUU